AUGCUAGAGGAUGGACAAGAAAUUGCUGUGAAAAGGUUGUCAAAAUCAUCAAUGCAAGGACUUGAUGAAUUCAAGAAUGAAGUUAUCUGCAUUGCCAAACUUCAACAUAGAAAUCUUGUGAAGCUUCUAGGAUGCUGCAUUAAAGGAGAGGAAAAGAUGUUGAUUUAUGAAUACAUGCCCAACAAGAGCAUGGACUUGAUUUUAUUUGAUCAAACAAAGAGUAUGCUACUUGACUGGUCUAAGCGCCCCCAAGUUCUUAAUGGAGUUGCUCGGGGACUUAUGUAUAUUCAUCAAGAUUCUCUGUUGAGAAUUGUUCAUAGAGACCUCAAAGCUAGCAACACAUUACUAGACACUGACAUGAAUCCUAAGAUAUCAGACUUUGGGAUUGCUAGAAGUUUUCGAGGGAAUGAAACACAGGAUAAGACAAGCCGAGUGGUUGGAACAUUUUAUUCUCAUGGCUACAUGUCACCAGAAUAUGCCGUCCAUGGUCGAUUCUCAAUGAAAUUUGAUGUAUUUAGUUUUAGCGUUAUAGUGCUAGGAACUAUUUUAUCCAAAAAACUAACUGUUUUGACAAGGCCCAUUAAAAUGAUUAAUUUUCUGCAGGCAUGGACGCUUUAUAAGGAAGGAAGAUCAUUUGAACUAGUCGACACUUAUCUACAUGACUCUACUUAUCUAUCUGAAGUGCAACGAUUGAUCCAUAUAGGUUUGUUAUGCGUGCAACAAUGUCCAGACGAUAGGCCAAGCAUGAAUACCGUGGUCGUGAUGUUGAACAAUGAAGGAGGAUCUGAGUCGAGCGAUGUUGAUCUAUCCGACAUCACAUUGAUGGUUCUGAGAUACCAUGAGGUGGCGGAUGAGCACAAAGAUGAAAAAUAA